AUGCGUUCCGCAGCUGCCCUUUGCCUUGCCUUCGCCGCCGGUGCCUACGCUUACACUGUUACGUUCCCCACUGAAACUGAGGGAUGGACAAAUUCGGGUGCCCAAGUUCUUUCCUGGACUAGAGUUGAUACCGACGCUCUCAACUUCACCGCCGUCCUUGUCAACAACGACGCUUCUAUUCUCUCUGAUCCUCAAAUUCUUGCCGCUCAAGUUGAUGGUACCCUCGGUAAUACCACCUUAAACCCUCCUUCUGGAGGUUGGCCAUCUCCCGAUGGCGGAUUCCGCGUCAACUUGGUGCAAAAUACAACUGAGCUCAACACUAUCCUUGCUCAGAGCCCGACGUUUAAUAUUACUGCCGCAAGUAGCAGCUCUUCCUCUGCCUCUUCCACUGGCACUGUUGCUGCUUCUGGUACGACUGCGGCAGCCACUACUAAUACCGCUGCAACCAGCACCGAUUCUUCUGCUGCCUCUACCACUUCUACUACCUCUUUCAACAAUGGUGCUGUUAGUUUUGGCGCUCAAACAGGACUCUUUGGUGUCCUUGCUCUCGUCGGAGCUCUCCUCGCUUGA